UGCUUUGUUAUCGCUUCAAGUUCAGCUCCUCCAUGUUCGGCUAAUUCCUGAUCGGCUUUAUUCGUGUUGUCCACUAGGAACAUAAUAUUCCAGCAACAUUGGGAGUAGGUAGUCGAGUUGGCAGCAGACGUCGCGUUUUCCACAAGCCAAAUGUUUUUUCUUUGACGCUUUUCGAAAACUUUAGUGAAUGUGUUGCAUUGGUACAAGCCUCGGCUCUUGCUCCCUUUUAUCCAAUUGUAUCCAGGUAGGUCUUACGCAUCAUGUCGGGCGGAGACUAUUCACGGGAAUACUAUGAGCAGCGGAUGGACCAACUGGACGACCAGAUGCUGGAUAGCACAAGACGCUCUCGCCAGAGACUUGAGGAGGCACACCGAAUGGGAAUUGAUACUGCGGUGGAACUGGACGAGCAAGGUGAAAAGCUGUCACGAGCUGAAAGGCGUUUGGACGACAUCGAUGAGGAUCUGAGAACAUCACAACGGACCAUUCGUCAGAUUCGCAGUGUAUUUGGCGGUGUGGUAAACUGGUUCACGACCGAUAAACUAUCCACCACUCCAUCCACUGUCAGCAGUUCGCAGGCAAAAGCCACCAGUUCGCACUCAUCCGGUGCUGACCGAGUAUCACAAUCAGCUGGCUCUUCACAUCGCACUAUGCAGCAGCAGGAACAGCGAAGGAACUAUCGCAAUGCCAAGGAUCAAGAGGUGGAUGAAAACCUUAGUGUGAUGUCUGACACACUGGGCGUCCUCAAAAACUUGGGUCAAGACAUGGGGCAAACACUGCAAGAUCAGAACGACCAAAUCGAACGUAUGUCCGGCAGGGUGAGAACACUAGACGGCAAAGUUGAGGAUCUGAACAAGCAGACAAGAAGACUCCACUAGUACUAGUCAAGGCUGCAGCUGCCGUUUCUUCAUACCGUGCCUGCGUGGCUAGUACUAGUAGUAGUGCACACUGUACACUGUACAGUGUGUGCGUAUGCGUACAUAUGAUGAGGCGUCACUGUACAGUUGCGAAACAGAUGCUGAUCCCCACCUAGCAGUUGCGAAACAGACACAUUCCCAUCUAGCAGCUGAGCACCUCCCUUCACAAGUAUGUGGUCACUAGCAGAAAAUUCAAAUUCGAAACUAUCCCUUGCACCAGCAUGAGUUGUGUAAUGCUGGCAAAGUCUGACAUAGUGUGUAUAAGUGGCUGCAUCGGCUUCGAUUUUAUUCCUCUCCCUAUGCCAGAAUGUGUUGCGUUGGCUAUUUUGUGCGCGGAUGAUUUUUUAACAAUAGUCUUGGCUAUUGUGGUGUGAUAUCUGCAAUGCGUGUAAUGUGCUCUUCAAUCUAUUUUAAAAAUACAUACUUGCACUUGGUGUAACAUGAAACUCAUCCUAGUCUGAAUGUCCUCUACUGCAUUCGAUUUCCUCUGCUUUUAUAUUUUACUUUUAUACUAAAUGUACAAGCCCAUCAAAGCAAUCAUCUUAUUAGAUCGUCACAGUCUGGCUUUUACCAACGGAUUCUACACUUUGUUUUCAAUCUACAGCAGAGUGAGAGUGCAAUGAACUUCGUAUUUUACUUGUGGCCACACUUGAAACAUGCAACGGCUGUGUCACUGCCUGCUUUGAAACAUGCCAGGGCUGUGUCACACUGCCUGCUUUUCCAGAAGAAGAAAACUACUACAGUCUAGUAGUUAA